UCUAAACUAAAAUCCCACACACUUUAUCAACUCAAUAAAAAAAAAAACAAUCUUUUUCAAAACUCCUCAAUCAAAAAAAGAUGGAAGAAUCCAUUUGUAUUCAAAAACUCAAUUCUCAAAAUGACCAAAAAAUCAAGAACUGGGAUUUUCUUUCUUCAGAUCUUACUGAAAAAAUCCUCUCAUACCUCCCAAUUCGUUCUAUAAUUGUUGCUUCCUCUGUAUGCAAGAUCUGGAAUUCCAUAAUCACUUCUUCUUCUUUCACUACCAAAAUCUCUGCUACAAAAAAGCAGCCAUGGCUUUUUCUAUGUGGCCAAAACAGCAUUUUUUACAACAAUAACCAACCAUUUGCUUAUGACCCAGAUGCCAAUGAGUGGAUUUCACUUCCCACUUCAACCCUUUUGUCCCAAGAUUUCUUUAUUGGUUCAAAUGGUUUUUUCUUUGCUACAACUUCUGAAAAUUUCAGUUUUAAGCCUAUUUUUAAUGGAAUUUGGGUCCAAACAAGCCCUUCGAGGUUCUCCAGGUGUAAUCCUCUUGUGGGUGUUUACAAUAUAGGGUUAAAUCCAAGAUUCAUUGUUGUUGGUGGGGUUAGAUUUGUUGGUGGAUUAGUUGAUGUUGAGGAUAGAUUGGCUGUUGAGAUUUAUAACCCAAAUCUUGAUUCUUGGGAACUGUGCCCACCUUUACCAGCAGAUUUUAGGUCUGGGAACUCAUCACAGUGGUUAUGUUCAGCUUUGUUAAGAGAUAAAUUCUACUAUGUUUUUGGGAUAUAUUCUUGUUUUAUUACAUGUUUCAAUUUGGAUGAACAUUUGUGGAGUGAGGUACAAACACUUAGACCACCUGGGAUUUUGUUUUCAUUCUUGGUAUCUUGUCAAGAUUGUUUAGUUUUAGGUGGAUUAUGUAAUUCAACAAAUGGACCAAAUUUUGUUCUAUGGAAGGUUGAUGAGAAAACAAUGGAGUUUAGUGAACUUGCUAUAAUGCCUCAUGAAUUGAUGUAUUGUUUGUUUGAUAGUGAUGAAGAUGACAAAUUUGCUAGUUUGAAAUGUGUUGGAUUGGGGAAUCUUGUUUAUGUGUACAAUGAAGAACAUCAUAGGAAUUAUCCUGCUUGUGUUUGUGAAUUUAGUAAUGAUUUUGGGAUGUGUAGUUGGAGGAAGUUGCCUAAUUUGCCACCAAAUGCUAGUAAGUUUAAUAGAGUGAUUAGUUUUUGUUCAAAUGUUUCACUAGACAACAUUCUUGUUGGUGCAAGAAUUUGAAGUUUCACGGGCAUCGAGCAGUGUGGAGGGAUGGAUGAGAUUCUUCAUUAUCUUUAUGAGGUUUGAAUACGAGGAAACUCAUGUGCCACUCUUGAAAUUUCACAAGCAAGCGGUAUGGUGAGAAUAGAUGAGAUUCAUUCUUGAAAGAGAAAUUUAUGGUGGAUCGGGACUCAGGAGUGAUUUCCCUAUAACAAGCCCUACACUACGCUAAUCCUGAUUUUUAGGAUGGUGUUUUCAUUCAUAAUAGUAUAUGUACGUUUAGAAAUAUAAUAGUAUAUGUGAACCUUUUUUCAUGUUGAUGA